CUUUGAUUUUGGAAACAAAUAAGAAUUUAAAUUUUUAAAAUAUCUAAAUGAGCACCAGGGGAAGAACUCAUCUAUAUGACCAAAUUGGACUGAAUAAAACAGAGAGAUUCGAAGAUAUGGUCAAUUACAUCAAACAAGUGGUUCAAAAUGGAUAAGAGUUGUCAAUCGAAGAGAGAAACCUUCUGUUCCGUCGCUUACAAAAAUAGCAUCGGUGGAAGAAGAACAGCUUGGAGAGUCUUGUCCAGCAUUGAAAACAAGGAAGAAGGAAAAGCUCAAUCCCAACCAGCCUCAUAAAAAAAUCUUGUCUUGAUCAGAAGCUACAAGAAAAAGAUUGAAGAAGAAUUGAAUCAAUAUUGUCACGAUAUCCUCAAUUUGAUCGACAGCCAUUUGGUCAAAACUGCUUCAACACCUGAAGCCAAAGUCUUCUUCCACAAGAUGAAGGGAGAUUAUCACAGAUACAUUUCUGAAUACGCCUCCGGUGACUAACACAAGAAAGCCGCUGAUGGUGCCCUUGCCGCUUACCAAGCCGCUUCCAAUGUUGCUAAUUCAGAAUUAAAAACCACAAAUCCAAUCAGAUUAGGACUCGCUUUGAAUUUCUCAGUUUUCUAUUAUGAAGUCUUGAAUGAUGCUGCCAAGGCAUGUUAAUUAGCUAAAUCAGCUUUCGAUGAUGCUAUUGCAGACAUUGAAUAAAUUUAAGAAGAUCAAUACAAAGAUGCAACAACCAUCAUGUAAUUAAUUAGAGAUAACUUGACAUUAUGGACCUCAGAACUUGAUGACGAAGGUGGUAACGUUGAGAACCUGUGAGGAGGUUAUCAUUUAUGAUAUAUAUAUAUAUAUAAUUAUAUAUAAAAGAAACAUUAAGAAUUUUUUAAAUAAAA